GAGUAUCUUUCGGGGGUGAAGCUGGUUCUGGUCUUGGCGGGUUUGACAUUUGCCGUCUUUCUUAUGCUCUUGGACGCCUCCAUCGUGGCGACGGCUGUCCCGACGAUCACUAGCGAGUUUCAUUCUUUGAACGACAUCGGCUGGUAUGGCACGGCGUACCUCAUGACCAACUGCGCGUGCCAGCCGCUCAGCGGGAAGAUCUACAGCUACUUCAACGUCAAGUGGACGUUUCUCUCCUUUUUCUUCAUUUUCGAAGUCGGCUCUGCCAUUUGCGGAGCCGCCCAGUCCUCGCCAAUGCUCAUUGGUGGCCGCGCAAUCGCAGGCAUAGGGGCGUCUGGGCUGCUCAACGGCGGCUACACCGUCCUUGCACUGGUCGUGCCGCCUGCCAGACAGGCCGCACUCAGAGGCGUGCUGAUAGGCUUGGCAUUCUUCGGCCUGCUCGCGGGGCCGCUCAUCGGCGGCGCUUUCACGUCGAACGCAACUUGGCGGUGGUGCUUCUAUAUCAAUCUCCCCAUCGGCGCCGUGAUCGCCCUGUUCAUCAUCAUCGUGCCAAUCCCAAACUACCGCGUGGCCGGCGACGGCAAGCAGACCGUGCUCGAGCGCAUCAACAAAUUUGACCUCGCCGGCUUUGCCCUCUUCGCGCCGACCGUGAUCAUGCUGAUCCUCGCGCUGCAGUGGGGCGGCGUGCGGUACGCGUGGUCCAGCGCGACCGUCAUCGGGCUGUUCUGCGGGUCCUUUGGCAACCUGCUCGUGUUCCUGGCGUGGGAGUACCGCGUGGGCGCCGGCGCGCUGAUCCCGCUGGGGCUGCUGCGGCGGCGCGUCGUGUGGACGGGAUGCCUAAACAUGGCCUUCCUCAUCGGCUGCACCAUGACCACGGCCUACUACUUCCCCAUCUGGUUCCAGAGCGUGCAGGACGCCACGCCCGUUCAGAGCGGCGUCGACAUGCUGCCCAUCAUCGGCACCAACACCGUCGUCACCAUGAUCACGGGCGGCCUGAUCGGCCGCAUCGGCUACUACACGCCCUUCGCGCUCGCCAGCGGCCUCUUCACGGCGCUGGGCGCGGGCCUGUCGACGACGCUGACGCCCACGUCGAGCCGCUCGCGCCGCAUCGGCUUCCAGAUCCUGCUCGGUCUGCAAGGGUUCGGCUUCCAGGUGCCCGUACUGGCGGUGCAGAACGGCGUGCGCCGCGAGGAGCAGUCCGUGGCCAGCGCGCUGGUGGUGCUAGCCCAGAACCUCAGCGCUUCCGUCUUCCUAUCGCUGGGCGAGGUCGUCUUCAGCACCGAGCUGCGCCGGUUCCUGACCCAGUACGCGCCGUCGGCCAACGUCGACCUCAUUGUCGCCGCCGGCGCCGCGGCCGCCCAGAUCAGGCAGGCCGUCCCUGAGGCGCUGCUGGAGCCCGUCAAGCAGGCGUACAGCGACACCUUUAACCACGUCUUAUAUCUAGCUACCGGAUCGGCGAGCGCCGCUUUCGUGACGGCCCUGUGCAUGGGGUGGGUGAGGUUGCCACCUCCG